AUUCUGUCUGGAGAUUCUGUCUGGAUGGAGCAGCCACUGAGAGCACUGGGAGCACUGGGAGCACUGGGAGCACUGGGAGAACUGAGAGCACUGGGAGCACUGAGAGCACUGAGAGCACUGGGAGCACUGGGAGCACUGGUCCUGCUGGCUUUUUGCAAUGGAGCAAAUUCAACAGAUGAGUUCUGUCUGAAUAAGAGCUGUCCUGAGUACACAGUGGUGGAGGCGAACGAGGACUUUGAGGUGCGUCGCUACGCUGCUUCUGAAUGGAUCACCACCAGGAUGGACGCUGACGGGACGCAUGACGUCAUGGCUGCACAUUCCAGGCUGAAGAAUGCAGGUUUUCAGUUCCAUUCUGCUGCCUGGCCUGCACUGAUCACCCACACUGAAGCUGAAGACGGACCUCAGUGGUUCCUGUCCUGGUUUGUUCCUCCAGACACCACAAAGCCUGAAAGCUCUGAUCCAUCAGUCACGCUGCAGAACAAACCUGCAGCCACCGUGUACGUCAAGGUUUUCGACGGUACUCCAAGUCGUGAGCGUGGUCUGGAAAAGGCAAAGCUUCUUCAGAAUGCCUUGGAAAAAGCUGGGAAAAGCUUUGAUUCCAGCACUUAUGUUGGGGCUGGCUAUGAGAGCUACUUCUCUUUGUUCCACCACAAUGAAAUCUGGAUCUACGCUGAGUAACAGCAGCAGACUGUCUGCUGCGAUUGUUGUUUGCUUGUUGUAAAAUGUCAGGAACAUCCAGCUAAAUCCCAAACACACUGCGCUCUUCUUACAGCAGCAAAGUGUCACUGAUCUGAUGCAGCUGCAGAUAAAUACGCUGCACUGCUUCUCCUGAACGACACAAACCAGUUUCUGGAAUGUUGUGCCAUUUACCAGCAGUCGCUUCCUACAUACUAAAAAGAAUUGGUAUCUGUGGGCUACUGCUGCGCUAUUGAUGGAACCGUAUCUCUGUGGUGUUAAUGCAGAUGAUAAAUGCUGUCCGAUCAAAGUUUCUGCUGUCAAUCAAAAAACGUGCCAAUAAAGUUCAGUUCCUGCCUGAA